CCUGCAGUUAUUCAUUUUAAUCGUUUUCUGAUAUAAAAAAAGAGAGCGGUUUUUACAGGCGCUGUAGUCACGAGCGUCCGGUACACGCGCUUUUCAGUGUCAGAGGAAAUAUAAGUUUGUUAGCCUAGCGUUAGCUCAGAGCCGAGGAGUUAGCUGUGGGCUAGCUGGUUCAGGGGUGAUAGCAUCUCAGCCGCUGCAUCUCGUUUUUACCACGGACGCUUGUUUGACUGUCGGCUAAACUCUCCGCUUUCACUGCUUGACCUGCGCUGAUAUCAAGAGUCAGUUUCAAUAGUGCUUUUGUCUGUCUGAGCAGCUGCAUGACAUGUUUGGCUCAUGUGUCCGUCACUAGAUGUUAGCUUGCAGAGCCAAGCGACGAAAGGUUUCCACCGCUGCAUGGACCUUCAAAACCCGAACCCGUUCCUAACGCGGCACCUUCAGAGAGUGUACACGAGUUAAAUAGUGAUACUUUAGUUAGUGCAACUUCUAGUUACGUUUUUUUUUGUUUUGUUUGCGACGACUGUACUCCCGACAAAAGCUGCUAUGGCUGUAUGGAUGCCUGAAGCAGAAUGAGUGUGCGCUUGGAAGGAAGAGGAUGCCACCAUCUUUCACCGAAGACUGUCCGGCUCAACAUAUCGAUUAGCUGACCAACAACUGCCGGCGAGGAGCGGGAAGCACGCGGAGUCUGCGUGAAAGGCUACUGUCUGUCGACUUAUUUAAAUUAGUCUUCUGUCCCAUGGAUGCAGUUAGCGGUGUUAACAAGAUGUCCCAGGUCGGAGACGUGGCACUGACAGGUCCGGUGGGAGCAGGGAUGUCCGCCGUGUCCUUUCCCAACACGUCGGUGCCCUCCACCGCGAAGCCGGGUGCAGAUAACCGCGGGUGCGAGAACGGCGCCUUGAUGGACUCGUUUGGGAUUUUCCUGCAAGGACUUCUGGCCGUGGUGGCUUUCAGCACGCUCAUGUUGAAACGCUUCAGGGAGCCAAAACAUGAAAGGAGACCCUGGAGGAUCUGGUUCCUGGACACCUCCAAACAGGCCAUCGGGAUGCUGUUUAUCCACUUUGCCAACGUCUACUUGUCAGACCUCACAGAGGAGGAUCCCUGCUCAUUAUACCUCAUUAACUUCCUGUUGGAUGCUUCUCUGGGCAUGUUGAUCAUCUAUGCUGGGGUGAGAGCCGUCAGUGCUAUUGUAGAGUGGAGGCAGUGGGACUCUCUGCGUUUUGGAGAAUAUGGGGAGCCAGUGCAGUGCACAGCGUGGUUGGGCCAGUGUAUCCUCUACAUCCUCAUCAUGAUGUUUGAGAAAGUCCUUAUCAUGCUGGUCCUCCUCAUCCCGCAGUGGAAGAAGCUGGCCCUCCUCAACCCUAUAGAGAAUCCUGACCUGGAACUGGCCAUCGUCAUGCUCAUCGUUCCGUUCUUCGUCAACGCCCUUAUGUUCUGGGUGGUAGAUAAUUUCUUAAUGAAGAAGCACAGGACAAAAGCAAAGCUAGAGGAGAGAGAGGAGGACUCACGGGGGAACAGCAAGGUGCGCUACAGACGAGCUCUGUCCCAUGAUGACUCGGAGUCAGAGAUCCUUUUCUCCGCAGACGAUGAGAUGGAUGAGUCGGAUGAGGAUGAUGUCCGACGACUCACUGGACUGAAGACAGUGAAGAAGAAGAAGCUUCGCAUGGGGAUCCCUCCAGGCGAGGUGAAGAAGAAGAAGCGUCCCCCAAUGAAGGAGGAGGACCUGAAAGGAGCCCGCAGUAAACUGGGACUGAAGGGCGAGGUCAAGAGUAAGACCUAUGAAGUCAUGGUUGAGUGUGAACGUAUGGGCAAGGUGGCUCCAUCUGUGUUCGCUGGCGUGAGGUCGGGGACAGAGACGGCCCUGGACAAGCCUGCUGCUGCCAAAGCUCCUGGAGCCAGUGUGUUCAACAAAUAAACACACUGCAGGGCAAAACGAAAGCACUGAAGAAACACACACUGCAGUCUUUAUGGUUCUGAGUCACCGGUGAUGCUGCAUAAUAUGGGUUGCAAAAAAUGUUAUUUUCCAAAUGAAGUGGGAUUUAAGAAAGAUAAAUGGCCUGAUUUUGUACGAGUUGUUGUUUUAAGCAGUUGUUUGCAUGCUGCAUUGAGAGGACUUGGCUCAGAUUUGGAUUCAUGUGGCUGAUGGGCCACAGAGAGUUAUUUAUCAGUGCUGACAAAGACUGUUUAUUGUUUUCUUAUUUGUUCUUUUUUUAUAUAUAUA